GUCCAACGAUUCUUCUGCGUUCAUAUCAGGAAAGCAGUGCUGACCCACCAAAAGGAAACAGCUCCACAUCUGUCACUCAUACAGUGGUUACAGCUGAAUUUCCAGCAGGUAUGGAGAAACCUCCUACCAUUAAAUCGAUCCACAGAUCCAGAAUGACGCAGCGUAAAGAGGGGGAGAAUAGAGCUUCAGCGAUUUCAAGAGAUCCAGAUCAGAGACGGGCAAAGUCAGGCCACCACACUGGAGCUCCAUCAGCCAGGAAGGAGAAGAGGCAGAUGGAGAAGCCAGAGACAAACCAGGAGAAGGGGAAGGAGGAGAAGGAGGAGGUUAUGGCCAAAUCUACUGUGGUGGACAUAGACCGCGUUAGAGAUAACGAGGUCCAGGAGGAGAACAUGGGGCUGUUGGAAGCAGCGGAGCAGGAGGAUGGUCUAAAGCGUAAGAGCCUGGGACCAUUUGAGUGGCUGCUGAUGGUGUUUGUCCUGACUCUGGUUCUCCUCUUCCUUCCUCUUUCCAUCUGGUUCUGCAUUAAGGUCAUCCGAGAGCACGAGAGAGCUGUGAUCUUCAGACUUGGUCAUCUAUUGCGAGGAAAACCCAAGGGACCAGGCCUGCUUUUCUACCUUCCAGUCCUUGAUAUCUGUCACAUAGUUGAUAUUCGGCUCCGGAUGUUAAAGGUUCCUCCUCAUGUGGUGGUGACCAAGGACCUAGCAAGGCCAGAGCUGAGCGCGGUGUGUUAUUACCAGAUAGAAAAUGUGGCUCUAUGCAGUGCAGCUCUAUCCAGCCUGACCUUGGUGCUGCAGAGUCUGGUUCAGGCAGCUAUCAGAGACGUUUUUGCCCAGUAUAGUUUCAGUCACAUCCUGCGGUCCAGGCGGAGGAUUGGAGGACAGAUAAAAACAGCUCUGGACUCUGUUACUUGUCGCUGGGGAAUCAAAGUGGAGAGAGUGGACAUAGAUGAACUCAGUUUUCCUUUGGAGCUACAACAGAGUCUGGCUGCAGAUACUGAGGCUAAGAGACAACAGCAGGUCAGACAGGUAAAGGCAUCAGAAGGAGAGACAGCUGUCUGGGAAGGCUUUAGAGCCUCCCUCCGUCACCUCCAGCCUGCCUUGGUCCUUCCUCUGCCUCCAGAUCUCCUCAACAUAAACCCUGAGCUCACCUCUCUCCCACCACCUCCCCCACCUGCGUCGGAUGAGGACGAAGGUUUGAUGUUGGCGAAGCCAGAGACAGACUCACCAAUGAUAUGAAAAACCAAUGACAUUUAAUUUAUGUCUUGAUCAAAACACUGAUAAAUUAACUAGAUAUAUCAAAUUAUGCUAAUAUUCUAGUUUAAAUGAAAGCUGAAUUCAGUGAGCACAACAAUAAUAAAAAGCUUUGUUA